ACCUGAUUUGCAAGUGACGCUUUUGAAGCAGAAUGUUGUCGUGUUUGUUUGCUGAGCACCAAACUCACACCCUACUCUGGUUACAUUAACACGUCAAGGCUCGGCAUGAAUCGAGUGAAAGCGUCAAAGACACCAACGUGAGUGACAGAGAGUGAGUUUCACGGCUUUAAACAGUUUGGAACAACGUCGCAUCUCAAGAAGCUGGUGACAAUCCUUGCAACACUGUGGACAUGGCAAAUAAGCCCCAUCAUAGACGCCCAUCUCAAAUUGCACCAUCUCAAGAAGAUGGAGACGAUUCUAGCAACACUGUGAAAGUGGCAUUUAAACGUCCUUUUAACAGCGUAACUGUAUUUACAUCAUCUCAAGAAGCAGGAGAAAAUUGUAGCAAAUUUGUGCCCAUGCCAUCUAAAUGUCCUUGUCAUGGCUUAACUCUAUUUGCAACAUCUCAAGAAACUAGAGACAAUCCUCGUAACACAGUGAAUGUGGCAUCAAAGCCUUCUUCAUUCACGUCUCCUUGUCACCGCCCAUCUGCAAAUCCACCAUCUCAAGAAACUAGAGACAAUCCUCGUAACACAGUGAAUGUGGCAUCUAAGCCUUCUUCAUUCACGUCUCCUUGUCACCGCCCAUCUGCAAUUCCACAACACAAAGAAGUGCCUCACGACCCUUUUCUUGAAAAGCCUUGGAGAAACCAGCAUUUCAACACCUUCAGCAUAAAGGAUGACCUUCUAAAAGACAUCCGAAACUACGAGAGUCUGACAGAGUCAGUGGAACAGCCCAGAAUCCUCCUGGUCGGGCAGAUUGGAGCUGGUAAAAGCAGCUUCUUCAACUCGGUGAACAGCGUCUUCAGAGGUCAUGUGAUGCUGCAGGCUGCAACUGGGUAUGGAGAGACCAGUGUGAGCAAACAAUACAGGAUUUAUACAGUUCACGAUGGGAAAGGCGGAAGGAGGCUACCAUACACCCUUUGUGACACCAUGGGCCUGGAAAGCAGUGAUGAUGACGAAGGGAUCCACGUGGAGGACAUCAUAAGUGUCAUUAAAGGCCAUGUCCCAGAUAUGUAUGAGUUCAAUCCCAAGGCACCAAUAACAAGUUACGACAAGCGUUACAGAAAGUACCCCAGUCUGGCUGAUAAGGUGCACUGCGUUGUCUUCGUAGUUGAAGCAGACAAAAUCAGCUUUGUGGAUCAAAAUCUGCUCAAGAAGUUUAAGACUAUUAAGUCAGAGGUGAACAGAAUGGGCAUUCCUCAGCUUGUGCUCAUCACUAAGAUAGAUGAGGCCUGCCAAGAAGUGUAUAAGGACCUUACCAAAGUGUACUGGAGCAAUUAUCUUCAUGAAAAGGUGAUUCAGCUGAAACAGAUGCUGGGAAUGUCUGUCUCUGCUGUCUCCCUGGUUAAGAACUACUCAACAGAGACAGAGAUUGACCUGAAUGUAGACAUUUUGCUCCUGAAGGCCCUACAGCAGAUGCUGAGAGCAGCUGAUGCCUGCUUUGAUGAGAUGAAGCUGAAAGGCCUCACUAAGUGAAGCAGCUCUCGAUGAUCUUAUUCUGCAAUUGUGUAACAAAUUUUCUCCAUUCAUUCAUAUUCUAACAUUUCUAUAUUAAUCAAAGGGUCGGUUAAUUGAUAACCCCCAAUCCCAUCCCAUCUGAGGAUAGAUUUAGGCAAACACACACAUACAGUCCAGUUACCCUAAGGCUGUGGCCAAGACCAGGAGAAAAUCCACCCAGACAUGGAGAGAUCAUUCAGACUUUAACACCAACAGCAUUUAUUUCUGUAGCACAUUUUCAUACAAAUGAUGGAGCUCAAAGUGCUUUA